ACUAAAUAGUUAAAUAUUAUGGAUUUAUAAAGUUUAGAAUUUAUCUCUGUUACAGUGUACAAGUUAUUUAAGUUAAAAAUAAAUCAUGGCAGAAAGUAAUGAAGACAUGAAUGAAGAGGAUAUUAUUAUUAAUGAUCAGGAUGGCCUGCCCAAUGUACAUCCUAAUUUGUGCAAUGAAACAGAAGUGGACAGUCCAGAACAUCACACUGACGACGAAUUUGAAGAUUUACCAACGUCUUUAAUUGUUACAAAUAUACAUGAUGCUGUUUUUGAAUCUCAAGACAAAAAACAAGAAUUCGAAAACUUGUUCCGCAUAUACGACCCGGAAGUGACUUUUCAAUGGUUGCGGAGCUUCCGGCGUCUACGAGUCAAUUUUCGCACCCCUCUGGCGGCCGCAAGCGCCCGAAUCGAACUUCACCAAUACAAAGUUAACGAAUCCAUCAUUACGUGCUACUUCGCUCAACCGGUGACGCCGGUAAAAAACAGCAGCCUUCAGCCCCCUGCACCCUACAAACAGUUCCUAAUCUCGCCCCCUGCAUCUCCACCACUGGAUUGGGAACCGCGUCCCGAGGGAGAACCAAUCAUCAAUCACGAUUUACUGGCUGCUUUGGCGAAUCUUACUCCGGGGGCUUCGCAUCAACUGCAUCCACCUUCUCCAGGGCAACCAAGUAUUAUAGUGCACACAGCCCUCGGGUUGGAUCCCAACUCUGUUAAGGGAAGGAUCCCGCAAACGUCAUGUCCAGAUAGAAGUUAAUUAUUUUUAUUUGGUAUGUAUGUUGUUCAUUAAUUUAUUUUAUUUUUAGUAUAGCUAAUAAGGAGAUUUAUUAUUCAACCAUAUAAUGCAAAAUAAUUUUG